AUGAGCCAAAAUCAAAAUUCAAUUAUUCCAGUGGAUACUCAAAUUGAUUCAAUAUUGGAGGAGAACGAACCACAAGUUACACCAACUGAAACCACUUCAUUACUUGAAAAUGCCGAGCCUUUCCGACGAUAUAGUCAUUUCCCCUCGAAUGAUAGUAAUAAGUUGGUUUUUGCUAUAAUACCAAGACACCCAAAAAGACCUUUUGUUAAUAGAAGACACACCUGGAACCCUUCACACAUUCGUAAACUUACAGCUCCUAUAACGCAUUAUAAAAGGCGAAGCGGCUUUUAUGAUGAAGAUAAACAUGAGUUAGUUCGUGAAGGUGGCGGAAUUCGUGUCUGGUAUGAUGAUUACACAACUAUUGAUUGGAUCCAUGAUUAUAUUAAGGAACGUGUCCGAGUUCGUAAAUUGUACUCUCGUAAAGGUUUCUCGGGAUGGGUUAUAAAAUCUUGGGACGGUUUACAAGGAUGGAUUUUGGUAUUUCUUAUUGGUGUUGUUGUUGCAUGUGUUGCUGGAAUAGUUGAUGUAACUGCCGAAUGGGGUUCAGAUUUAAAGGAUGGAUAUUGUUCAAAUGGUAUUACAUUGAAAAAACAUUUUUGCUGUGAAAAUCAAAAACUUGAAUCAUGUGCCGAAUGGGUUGAAUGGUCCAGUGCAUUUAAAAUGGAAGAUUCCAAAAAAAGCGCUUGGUUUAAUUAUUUUGCCUAUGUGUUUGUUGCUUUUUGUUUUGCAGUUGGAUCAGCCUUACUUGUGAAACACAAUUCACUUUAUGCAUCACCUUCUUCAAAACGUUCAAUAAGAUCAAACAAUAAUUCACAAAAAAGUAGACAACCUAAACCAUAUGCUUCUGGUAGUGUGGAUACUCAAAUUGAUUCAAUAUUGGAGGAGAACGAACCACAAGUUACACCAACUGAAACCACUUCAUUACUUGAAAAUGCCGAGCCUUUCCGACGAUAUAGUCAUUUCCCCUCGAAUGAUAGUAAUAAGUUGGUUUUUGCUAUAAUACCAAGACACCCAAAAAGACCUUUUGUUAAUAGAAGACACACCUGGAACCCUUCACACAUUCGUAAACUUACAGCUCCUAUAACGCAUUAUAAAAGGCGAAGCGGCUUUUAUGAUGAAGAUAAACAUGAGUUAGUUCGUGAAGGUGGCGGAAUUCGUGUCUGGUAUGAUGAUUACACAACUAUUGAUUGGAUCCAUGAUUAUAUUAAGGAACGUGUCCGAGUUCGUAAAUUGUACUCUCGUAAAGGUUUCUCGGGAUGGGUUAUAAAAUCUUGGGACGGUUUACAAGGAUGGAUUUUGGUAUUUCUUAUUGGUGUUGUUGUUGCAUGUGUUGCUGGAAUAGUUGAUGUAACUGCCGAAUGGGGUUCAGAUUUAAAGGAUGGAUAUUGUUCAAAUGGUAUUACAUUGAAAAAACAUUUUUGCUGUGAAAAUCAAAAACUUGAAUCAUGUGCCGAAUGGGUUGAAUGGUCCAGUGCAUUUAAAAUGGAAGAUUCCAAAAAAAGCGCUUGGUUUAAUUAUUUUGCCUAUGUGUUUGUUGCUUUUUGUUUUGCAGUUGGAUCAGCCUUACUUGUGAAACACAAUUCACUUUAUGCAUCACCUUCUUCAAAACGUUCAAUAAGAUCAAACAAUAAUUCACAAAAAAGUAGACAACCUAAACCAUAUGCUUCUGGUAGUGGUAUACCUGAAGUUAAAACAAUUUUAAGUGGCUUUGUUAUUCGUGGAUUCCUUGGUAUAAGAACACUUUGGGUUAAAGCCAUUGCAUUGGCAAUGGCAGUAUCGUCUGGAAUGACUCUUGGAAAAGAAGGCCCAUUUGUUCAUAUAGCAUGUUGUGUUGGCAAUGUGAUAAGUAGAUUAUUCCAUAAAUAUAAUAAAAAUGAAGGGAAAAGAAGAGAAAUAUUAUCUGCAUCAGCUGCAGCUGGUGUAAGUGUAGCAUUUGCUGCACCAAUUGGUGGUGUAUUGUUUUCUUUGGAAGAAGUUAGUUAUUAUUUUCCAAGUAAAACUUUGUGUAGAAGUUUCUUUUGUGCAAUUGUAGCAGCCGUUUCUCUAAAGCUUAUAGAUCCAUUUGGCACUGGUAAAAUUGUAAUGUUUCAAGUAAAAUAUGAUAAAGACUGGCAUUUUUUUGAAAUUGGAUCAUUUCUAAUCCUUGGUAUAUUAGGUGGAUUAUUUGGAGCACUAUUAUGUAAAUGCAUUAUUUUAUACACUAAAUAUGUUAGAACU